UGAUAAAUGCCAAGUGGCAACUGGCAACACAGUUCCCAGAUUUGUGUGCGCCGGCAUCGCACGUGAACGUGUCGCAAAAAUCUCAAUAAAUUAGUGAAAUCACUAUGUCGGACGAAUAUUUCUAUGGUGUUACCCUUUCGUCGUCACAUAAGUCUGAAACAUGGGACCCAGAGGCGAAGGCGGAAUACCCCCGCAGUAAUAAGUUGCUGAUUCGUCAAGCGUUGCUCGGUCCCGAUGCCGAACCUGAUGAACUAAAUGUUGUACAGGUGGAGACAAUGUGUCUUCAGGAGUCCAUCAAAAUUCCUGUUGCUAUUCUCAAAGUUGGAGAAACAAGACAAGCACGCCUUGACAUUGAAUUCCCAGAUGCACCAGUCACCUUCACACUUAUACAGGGCUCAGGACCAGUGCAUUUGAUUGGACAGCAUCUGUUAGGUGCCUUGGUGGAGGAGUUUGAGGACAUGGAGGAGAUGGAAGAGGAGAUGUUAGAUGAGGAGGAAGGCGAUGACUCUCAGUUCAAGGAAGAUGAGAAUAAACGGAAAGCACCAUCAGGCAAACGCAAGACGAAUGAGGAUGAAGACGAUGAGGAGGGCGAAGGGCCAAAAGGCAAGAAGGCGAAAAUGUCAAACAAUGCCAAAGGCAAAGCCCCUUCACCCAAGAAGAACGCUAAGAAGUGAACCGCCUGCGUCCACCCUACCCCGCCCGUGCGCUGUCCUACCAGAUAGAUCAAUUCCACAAAGACUGACAAUUCACUGUUGAUUUUAUAUCCAUUCUAGGUAAUCCGUUUCUUGUCAUUAAGGAUUGGAGGAUAAUUCGUUCGCCAUAGCCCAGGUCAGUGCAGAGCCGGUGCUGCGCGACGGCGGCCACGGGCGGGGCCGGCGCCUCCGUUAGUUGUAACUACAUAGUGUGGUAAUUCAGUCUAGGUUAGCGUUGUAUCGACUCGCGUGAUUGAGAGAGUGGACGUGUGUACAUGUUCGUGAAUGUUUUACCGGUCGAGGUAUCUGCAACUAUUGAACCGACCCUGUGGUUACUUACGAUCGAGUGUGAUUUCUAUAUAUUUUUUUCUGAACUUAAUUUUUUUUCAUUCCUUACUGUGGUAUAGUGUUAUUGAUGUCAAAUUUAUUGAUAAGUAAAUUCACAGAUGUAUUUUUAAGUUAAGACGUAAGUGUAAUCAGUGUAUGUUUAGACAUUGAUCAUUUUGUAUUGAGUAGCUGCCGGUCAACAUAUAAUUGAAUUGCUAACGAUUUCUCAUUUCAGAAUGAAAACUGAAUAAUCUAUUAUAGUUUGUUUGUACAUAUACAUAUAAAAGCAUAAGAACGGUAAUAAUAAAAUAAAACCAUUUCUAAACAUUCUC